AUGUCAAAGAAAGAGAGAACAUUUUCCAGGUUUCUUGAUGUAAGAAGCACAGUUUUCUUUGAAAUCACCAUCGGGAUCACUGCCAACACUGUCCUACUUCUGUUCCACAUCCUCACAUUUCUCCUCAAGCAAAGGCCAAAGCCCCUUGACCUGACUAUCACUCAGUUGUCCCUGAUCCACCUGGUGAUGCUGGUAACCAUGGGAUUCAUAGCUACAGACACUUUUGAGUCUCAGCGUUGGGAGAAUGUCCUCACAUGCAAAUUGGUUAUCUACAUGCAAAGAUUGAUGAGGGCCCUCUCCAUCUGUACCACCUGUCUGCUAAGUGUCCUCCAGGCUAUCACCCUAAGCCCCAGAAAUUCUUGUUUGGCAAAAUUCAAACAAAAAUUGUCACAUCAUUAUCCAUGUUGCCUUGGAUUUUUAUGGGUCUUCAAUAUGCUCCUGAAUGGUCGUUUCUUAGUCUCCAUUGGUGCCACCCCCAAUGUGACCUCACAGAGUCUUGUGUUUGUCACUGAAUCCUGCUCUCAGUGGCCUAUUAAUUACUUAUUCAGGUACAUAUUUUUCUCAUUGGGCAAUGUUCAAGAUAUCUCCUUUAUAGGACUGAUGACUCUAUCCAGUGGAUACAUGGUGAGUCUUUUGUGGAGGCAUAAGAGGCAGUUCCAACAUCUUCACAGCAUCAGCCUUUCUCCAAAGGCAUCCCCAGAAGAAAAGGCCACUCGAACCAUUCUGCUGCUCAUGGGGUUUUUUAUGCUUAUGUACAUUUUGGACUGUGUUACUUUCUCCUCCCGUUCAAUAUUGUGGAACAAUGACCCAAUCCAUCUUUGUGUCCACAUGUUUGUGGGCAAUGCCUAUGCAACAAUCUGUCCUUUUGUGCUACUUAGCACUGAAAAACGA